AUGGGCUCUAUACAUGAAUCCAAAGCUGCUGUCGUCCCAGCACAGGGACUCCCAUACUUCACCCCAGCAAACCAUGACUCCGGCGCUGCAAAAGAAAGCUCUACUGCUUCCAUCCCAACCAUCUUUCAACCGCUCACCAUCCGCAAUGUGACACUGAAAAACCGCAUCGUGGUUUCACCCAUGUGCAUGUACUCUGCCGAAAGCAACCCGUCGUCGCCUGCCCUGGGCGCAAUGUCAGACUAUCAUCUCGCGCACCUGGGCCACCUUGCCCUCAAGGGCGCCGGUCUCGUCUUUACCGAGGCAAUGGCUGUCCAGCCCAACGGCCGCAUUUCGCCCAACGAUUUGGGGCUCUGGCAGCACGACGAAGGAUCCGAGUCUGUCCAGUUCAAGGAACUCAAACGCGUCGUCGAUUUUGCGCAUUCCCAGGGUGCUCGUAUAGGCGUACAACUGGGUCACGCUGGUCGCAAGUCGAGUAUGGCUGCACCAUGGCUCGCUGCUGCCAGUGGAACGACGAAUUUGCGAGCUGAUGCUGAUGUGUACGGAUGGCCGGACAAUGUGGUUGCGCCGACUGGUGGUGCUGAGAUGAUCUGGAAGCGCCCGAGCACGGAAAAUGGCCUUGAUGGAUUCCAUACGCCUCGCACGUUGAGUGUGUCUGAAAUCAAAGACCUCGUAUCGGCAUUCGCAGCAUCAGCGGCCACCGCCGUCAAAGCUGGUGUGGACGUGCUCGAGAUCCACGCUGCGCAUGGCUACCUCUUGAACCAGUUCCUCAGCCCCGUAACAAACAGACGCACGGAUGAGUACGGCGGCUCGUACGAAAACCGAACUCGUGUGUUGCGUGAGACCAUCUCGGCCGUGCGCGGCGCUAUUCCGGACAGUGUGCCCUUGUUCCUGCGCGUCAGUGGCACCGAAUGGCUCGACGAAUCCGCAGUUGCCCAGCAAGUCGGCGGUAGCUGGGGUGUGGACUCGACGGUACGACUGGCAAAGGAGCUUCAAGACCUGGGUGUUGAUUUGAUUGAUGUCAGCUCAGGCGGGAACCACGAAACGCAGAAGAUCAAGUUCUCCAAGACAUAUCAGACCGCCAUUGCCGCACAGGUUCGCAAGGAGCUGCGUGCCGCCGGUCGAAAGACUCUGGUUGGUGCAGUGGGAUUCAUCACAGAGCCCUCGCAGGCGAAGGACCUGGUUCAGGGCGCUGAGCAGAGCGAUGAUGUUGUUGAUGUAAAAGCGGAAGCCAAGGCUGUCGAGGGCUUGGUCAGUGGGCCUGAGCCUGAUGCAGACUGUGUCUUUGUGGCGCGUGAGUUCCUCAGAGAUCCGGCCUGGGUGUUCACUGUCGCCAAGGAGCUGGGAGUCAAGAUUACUUAUCCAAUCCAGUUUGCGCGGGCUUUUUAG